GUGUUGUGGGGUGGCCGGGUAACGAAGGAAGAAAAGGAUGAAGACACUACCAGUAUUCAUAAUCUGAAUCAAAAGAUUCAUAAAGACGAGCGAGUUGAUAACAGUCUUCUUCCUCUUGCUGAUGGACUGAACUUGGUCAGAAAGAUUUGA